UGACAUGAGUGAUGGUUUCAGUAGCUAAUCAGAUGGAGAAGUGUCCUACUGAAGCUUGUUCGGUGAUUUAUUGAUUUCAUAUCUGCUCCCAUGGCUUCCUUGCUUGUCGGUCUUCUCCUGCUGCCCCUUGGCACUAUUGCUUUUGUGCAGCCGCAGGAUUCCGAGCUCACUUUCCUGCUGCCAGCAGGGAGACAGGAGUGCUUCUAUCAGACCGCUUUGUACAAUGGCAGCAUGGAGGUGGAGUACCAGGUUAUUGGUGGUGCUGGACUGGAUGUUGAUUUUUCCCUCACUACUCCUUCAGGAAUUUUGCUUAUUAUGGAGAGGCGGCGGUCGGAUGGUGUCCACACUGUGGAGCCCACAGAAGUUGGUGACUACAUGAUCUGCUUUGAUAACUCAUUCAGUACCAUCUCAGAGAAGCUAGUUUUCUUUGAAUUGAUAUUUGAUAAUCCACAAGGUGAUGAGGAACCAGAAAACUGGUCAGAGGUAGUGGAACCUGAUGAGCUCCUAGAUAUUAAGUUUGAAGAUAUAAAGGAGUCUAUUGAGGGGAUGAAAUCCAAGCUGGAACGCAGCAUGCAGAUGCAGACAUUAAUUCGGGCCUUUGAGGCUCGUGACCGUAACCUGCAGGAAAGCAACCUUGAUAGAGUAAACCUCUGGUCAGCUGUGAAUCUUGGGGUGAUGGUUAGUGUGGCCUUCCUCCAAGUAUACCUGCUAAAAAGCCUUUUUGAUGAUAAACGCAAGAUCCGGACGUAGCACAGCUUUCAUAUUAUGGACAUGAGAUAGGUGGAGCUGGUAUUAUAUACAAUUUUAUGCAAUGUCUUCCAUUGACUUUUUACUUGGACAGAUCUUUGAAUACACCAGCCAACUGCUCAUCUUAUUUUUGGAUCUGCAUCAGAUAUCUGUGAGAAGUUUGUGUCAAAUGUGUGGCAUGUGCUCUUAUUUUGUAGCAAAGAGAGGCAAUUUGUUAUACAUAUUUUUUUUUUUUUCUGUACACCUUUGUUAUAUUCAGAUUUGUCUUAUUUUACGGUAGUUUAAAGCCAAGAUGGGACUUUUAAAUAGGGAAAAACACAAACAAGUAGAGAGGAAGAAAUGAUCAAAUAUUUUUCUCAGGAUCCCAUAUUAAUCGCAGUACAAUUGACUUAUAUAACAUGUUAUGUAAACAAGGAAUACCAUACGAGGUAAAAUGCUAAAUUAAUUUUAUUCAUAUAUUGAAAACGUCGUCUUUGUUCAUGCUUAGAAAAAUAUUUACCAGGGUCUUGUACAAGAUUAUGAGAGACUCUGUGCAAAUACACAAUAAAUGCUUUUGUGCAGUUCUACAGGUAUGAACAAAGGAAUGAUUACAUUGUAUCCAUUUUUUGUUGUUCACUAUAAAUCAGUUUAUAAAAUAAUGUAAUAUAAAGCAGCACCAACCACUUGCAUAAGUAUAACAAAACUUUGCCACUUCAGAUUACUGGAUUCAUUUAUUUGUAGCGCACCAAUAGAUUGUGCAGGUUGGACUACAGUACUGACUGGAAUGCUGUGUUGAAAACUUUUCUCAGCUGAGACCUACAUAUGCAAAUUAUAGUUCUUUUGGAAGCAAUAUGGAAAGCUUCACGUUGAUGCCUUACAUUUAAAGGGACACGUUACUCAUAAAUUCUCCUUUAUUCCUGAUGGAACUCUGAGAAAGUCUGAUGUAUACCUGGAUAAUUCUUUGUUUAAAACUAAGAUCAAAGAAACCAGUCUUGAGUAGUUACCAUUCAGCUCAUUUUUUUUUACUUUCAACUGCAUCUUUAAAAAUAAACAGCCUCAUUACAUCUUGGUUACACUUUGCUGUGAUAUUUCACUGACCUUGUGCAUAAGCUUGCUUGAACAGAGCAGGAAAAGAAAGUGGCCGUGCUUGCUGUACUGUCCCUUGCUACUCCCAGUUCAACCAUCUGCAAUUGAUGUUUAAGACCUUACAAUGGGAGGUGGUUACUGGUGACAUUUUGAUAGAAAAUAUCUUCCUAUUAUACAUAGAAAUGUUCAUGUUUUAGAAACUUUGAAUUGGUUCCUAAUGUGAGACUUACAAUAUUUUUUUCUGUGAUCUAAUCAGCUGUUUAAUUUUUGAUAAUUUGAUUUUCCCACUGUUAUCUUGAAUAGUGGGCCUCAAGGACUGGAAUUUAAGAAGCUUACAUUAUUACAUGUAACACAAGUACCAGCACUCACUUGACAGUAGAAAUCUGUUAAAAUGAAGGACUUGCUAAUGAUUCUGGGAUUUGGAUACCAAUACAAACCAAAACUGUCAUUUUAAUUGUGCAGUUCUUAUAACUAAAACAAUUUUUAUGAUACAAUAACCAUGAAUAUCUUGAUAAAGGACUAUUGGUGGCUCAGACAGAUUCUGUGAAGUGUUAAUUUUCUAAAUAAAUAUUGUUGAUAAUUUAUUGGAUAAACCUGCAUACUUUAUCCUGUUUUAAUAAACCUACAAGUCUUCAAA